AUGCCUGUCCCUCUCGCUGUCGCCCUGCCAGCCGCCGCUGCAGGCGCUGCGUACCUGAAUGCGCGCAUGUCUCUGUGGUACGAUGUUCACCUCGUACAAUGCGCCCUUCCAGCGACCUUGUCUGCCUUGUGGCGUGAGCGGACUGACCGUCUGAGUCCCUUCUACGUCCUCGAACGCCAUGCCCAGAACAAGUCCUCCGCGGACCGUACCUUUAUUAUUUUCGAGGGCAAGUCAUGGACAUAUGCUCAAGUAUAUGAAAACGUUCUUCGCUAUGGUGCCUGGCUGCGGGAGCGCCAUGGUGUCAAGCCUAAAGACAUCGUCGCUGUAGACUUCCAAAACUCCGAUGUCUUCAUCUUCAUCUGGUUCGGUCUCUGGUCAAUCGGAGCGAAGCUUGCCUUCAUGGAACUACAACCUUACCGGGAGUGCACUGGGCUCAUUGCAUCAAGACUGCCACGACCGAACUCGAAAGCUGUCACAUUCGUGGAGUUCGACCCAACCACACUCGCAGAGAUUGCUGCGACCGGACCUAAGAGGUAUCCUGACGCCGAUCGAUCCGAGGACAAGUACCAAAAUAUCGCCAUUCUCAUUUUCACUUCCGGCACCACCGGAAUGCCCAAGCCUGCCAUUGUUUCCUGGGCCAAGUGUAUCGUGGGCGGCGUUUUCACAUCCCGGUUCAUCAGCAACAGCACUAAUGAUGUCUUCUACACGUCCAUGCCGCUGUACCACAGCUCGGCUGCCAUCCUCGGCUUUGGCAACACUCUAGAGGUCGGUGGCACGAUUGCCAUUGGGCGUAAGUUUUCGACCAAGACUUUCUGGUCAGAUGUACGCACAUCGGGCGCCACCAUCAUUCAGUAUGUCGGCGAGACGUGCCGCUAUCUCCUCGCCGCUCCACCACAACUCGACCCCACGACAGGCGAGAACCUCGACAAGAAACACAAGGUCCGAGCAGCAUUUGGAAACGGCCUGCGGCCCGACGUAUGGAGUCGCUUCCGUGAUCGCUUUGGUGUCGACACGAUUGGCGAAUUCUAUGCUGCCACAGAGGGCACCUUUGGCACAUGGAAUCUCAGCCGAAACGAUUUUGCCAAAGGUGCCAUCGGCCGGAACGGCUGGAUUUACAAUGCCGUCAUGGGGAUGAACCUUGCCAUUGUCGAAGUAGAUCACGAACAAGGCGCCCCAUGGCGAGACCCGAAGACAGGCUUCUGUCGUUCCGCUGGCACGAAUGAACCGGGCGAGCUGCUCUGCCGUGUUUCCCCGACGGACAUGUCACGUCGCUUCCAAGGCUAUUAUGGUAACCCAGAGGCAACGCAGAAGAAGGUGUUACGCAGUGUAUUCCGAAAGGACGACGCCUGGUUCCGCACCGGUGACAUUCUCAAAUGGGAUGGCGAGGGUCGCCUCUUCUUCAGUGACCGCAUAGGAGACACCUUCCGCUGGAAGAGUGAGAACGUCUCGACGCAGGAGGUUAGUGAAGCCAUCGGCUCACACCCGGCUGUGCGCGAGGCCAAUGUCUACGGCGUUGAGCUACCACACCAUGAUGGUCGGGCGGGAUGUGCGGCACUGGUGCUCGAUGAGGGCCGAGGAAUCGAGGCGAAGCCAGAAGACGCCCUCCUCAAGAGCUUGGCAGAACAUGUUAAGAAGGCGCUGCCGAAGUACGCGUUGCCGCUCUUCCUGAGAGUCAUGCCUGACAUGGGAAUGCAGAUGACAGGGACGAACAAGCAGCAGAAGACGGGAUUGAGGGGUGAGGGUGUCAAGCCGGGGGCUAGCGAUGAGAGCCUAAUGUACUGGCUGCAAGGGGAUACCUACGUGCCCUUUACAGCACACGAUUGGCAGCAAUUGGAUGGUGGAAGGGUGAAACUUUGA